AUGUUCCCAGCAAUAAAUGAUGUACGAGAAGGUUUUAUAUGUCCACAAUGUCAUCUCGACAUGUCAACAAUGGAAAUGUUACAUGUACAUUUUCAAGAUGUUCAUAUGAAACAACCAUCAUCAGCUGUUAAAGGUUUAUUUUCAUUAGCAAAACAAAAAAUAAAAAGUGUACAAGAUAAUUUUACAGCAGCUCCUACUGAACAAACAAAUAUUUAUGCACAAUAUUUUUCAUUUGAUCAAAAUGAUACUUCAUUAAAACAACAACAACAAAUUGGAUUUAUUGGUUCGCAUAAUGAACAUUUUAAAAAAUUACGAAAACAAAAUAAUGAACAAAUAUCACGUGACACUUUUCGUCUUUUACUUCGACUUGGAAAAUUGACAACCAAUGAUGAGAAUGCACCAAAAAAUAGUAAUCCAAAAGAACGUCGAAAAUAUGAACAAAGUAUUGUUGAAUGGUUAGAUGAUUCAAAAGUAUCUUUAUGUCCAUCUUGUGCUAAACCAUUUGGAAUAUCUCGACGUAAACAUCAUUGCCGUCUUGAUGGAUUUGUUAUUUGUGAUGAAUGUUCACAAUUUCUUCCAUUUUCGAUGGCGCGAUAUUUAUCUGAACCAGAAGUAUCAUCAUUAUCAAAUAAAGUAACAACAAAUGGUGUAACACUUCAACGAUCAAAUAGUUUAACAAGUUUAGCAUCAUCUCAGGCAGGUGCUGAUGAUUCAAAUAUGAAUGGUAAAAAUGGAGUAAAUCAUGAGGAUUAUCUUCGUAUUUGCUUAUCUUGUCGGCAAGUACUACAACGACGUUACGAUCAAUUGUGUUUUACAAAGAUUGAUAAAGAUGAAGUUUUUCUUUAUUAUGAAAAAAUAGUUGAAGCACAAAAAGAACUGACUACUAUUCAUCCAAAAUAUUCAGCUAUUAUUGAAUCCCUUUUAAAUGGCGAUACAAAACAUCAAUUAAUCGAUGGACAACGAGCAUAUCGACAAUUAACUGCUUGUUAUGAAAAAAUUGAAUCUACAUCUAAAUACAUUUCAAAAUUAGGUGAAUCAUGUCCAAAUAUUGAUGAAGAUGAUACAUCAUCCCAAAUUCGGUACUCAGCACUUUGCCGAAAUAUACGAAUGUAUGCAGUACAUCUAUUACAAAAUUAUGCUAUAUCAACACGAAAAUUACCAAAUGAAGAUGAAAUAAAACGAGCACGUGAUGAACGAAUACGAAUAGUUGAAGAAAGAAACGAAUCAGAACGUGUAGCAAAAUUAGAAUUAGCUUCGAGAAUGAUACCAACAGAUUCUUCAACAAAAGUAAAAGCUGAAGUUUCAGGUUGGAGACCAAUGGUUGAUCGUAAUUUAUUAGCACAAAAUCAAGAAUUAAAUCCACUUAUCCAACAAGUUUAUCAAGUAACUGAAUAUAUUCGACAAGCUCAGAUAGCUGGACGUCAUGAUGAAGUUGAAUCAUUAAAAUUAAAUUUAAAAGACCUUGAACAAGCCAUGAAUAAUGCUCAAUAA